AUGUGCAUACAGAUUUGUAAGGCGACCAGAGCUUAUGUUGGAUGUUUUACUGAUGAUGAAUCUCGUUUGUUUGAUUAUCCAUCCACUCCUUGGGGUCCUACAGACCAGACAAUUGACAAAUGUAUGCGGUACUGCAAAAGGCGGAAUUUUAUUUACAGCGGAUUAGAGUACAAGACUCAGUGCUUCUGUGGCAGUGCUGAUCCAAGAAGGAUUUCAGGUUAUUCCCUGCUAGGUGAAGGUGAGUGUAACAUGCCUUGUGGUGGACAAAGUCGAGAAAGAUGUGGUGGAGAAUGGCGGCUAUCAAUUCAUAAAGAUUGCAGUGUUUUACAAUCUUAUCCACCCCAUUGUGCUGAAAUCGACUGUACGACUAGCAGUAACAAAUGGUGUGUCAAAUGUACUGACCGUCUGUAUUACAAGUUAAUUGGAUAUACAUGUAAAGACAAAUGCUCCACUAGACAACGAUGGUGUUGGCCUGGAAGAUGCGGAAAUGAAGUUGCGUCCAACUGUAACUGCGUAAAUGGAUUUAAAACAGUUAAAAACGAAUUGAUCGCUAAUUGUCAACCAAUCAUAAAACCUUCAAUAGAUCAUUGUCAGAUAAAAGCAGUUGGAAAAGAUGGCUCAAAAAGUAGUUCAAAUAGCGAUCCAGUUCAAUGUAUUCUGCAACAGGAUUUUUAUGGAAGAUUUCAAGUGGAUCGUUUUAAAAUCAAUUUCCAGGCAGUUUUCAAAAUACCAACAGUAACUAUUUCUAGGCCAAAUUUCAUCUCCAGGGAACGUUUUGGUAUUACUGAUGUUGACAUUUCAAUGAAGAAGAUAACAGUUUCAGGAAACCAGAAAUAUUUAGGUAUAACAAGAUAUAAAUCUGAUUCUUCAUCAACAUAUCCUCAACCAAUUUAUGAAAAUGACACUGCAGCAAUAUUUGUACAGGAAUCUUUGCAAAAUGGAGAAAGGAUAUGCCUCACAUUUCGUGUCCAAGCUGGGGGAUAUUUUGUUUCGAAAGAACUGACAACAAACACAGAAACACAGGUUCCUUACGAUAAAACCGAGACGUAUCAUACAGUAUGCUACAUUUAUGAUGACAUUCCUCCAAAACACUGUGCAGAAGACCAUUCCUGCAGAAGUGAACCACUUAUACUAUCGAGAAGAUUAUCAUCAUCUAGAAAUAUAACUGUCCAGUUUAAAGGAUGGAUAGAUCCAAACAUGAACAUUGGAUCAGGAAUAGAAAGUUACGAAAUCGCUUUUUCCGAGGUUAAACAUAUAUCUUCAAUGAUCCAGAUACGAGAUACUAAAGUUAUCCAUAUCUUCAACAUCUAUCCAUCUGACAAUAGAACAUCUAUAAAUAUAGAAUUACCACCGACAACUCCAAUGCUGUAUGAUGUAUUACUGACAGUGAAGGAUAAAGCUAAUAAUAUAAGACAAGCAAGGAGAUUCGUUCUGUAUGAUAAUUCUUCUGUGAUUGUUGUGAGCUCUGAUCAUUCAUUUAACAUUUCCGAGGUCAUGAACCAUAAUAACUCUUCACAAUUAUGCAUCUCUUGGCAGAAAAGGUUUUACAACAACGAACUUAAGUUUAAUAACUUCCUUGAUCCAAUAAGACCAGAAACCGCAAUAAAAGGAAUUUACGACCAGGAGGUAGGCUUGUUACCUAUUAAUGGAACUGAAAACGUGAAUGGAUUGACAGCCUUUUAUUUCACAUUCAUAAGAAAUAAUGAAAAUGUUUAUACGGGAAAACUUCAAGUUAUUUCGCACCAAUCAGUCUGCCUUACAUCUGAAAUAAAACACGAUGACAUCAUUACCUUCCAUCUUAAAGUUGUGGAUAUAAUGAAUCAUACCUUAAAUGAUAGUGUUACAGUCUAUAUCAAACAUAUAACAGUAACCAAGACAAAGGAGACAUCACACGAUCUCAUUAUAGGUGGUAUAACUGGAGGAACCAAGACACAGGAGACAUCACACGAUCUCAUUAUAGGUGGUAUAACUGGAGGAAUUCUAUGCGUUGUAAUUGUUUUGUUAUUGAUAAUUGUGAUCCUACAACAAAAAAAGCUAAUAGUCCUUUGUGGCAUUGUUAAUAAUCGAAGAUCUAAGUAUAAAAGACAGUGA